CACCGCAACUGUUGGAUACCUUUGACAUUACUUUACAUCUCCAUCAGCUAGCUACGUCCGUCCUGUUCUCUGCACACGCUGCAACAUCAACAUAGCGCAGGGCAAUAAAUAACCUGUCAAGCAAUCUUUACAGUUACCAGCACAUCAAUACAGGAUUGCCCAAAAUCACAUCAUGGCGGAUGUCAAGCCCGAAAACACCCCUGUGGAAGACCACAACCCUGAGCACAACGACAGCAAUGAGAACAACAGCGUCGGCGAGGAAGACGGCCACGAUGAGGAGGAGAUAUCUGCGAUGAAGAGACGGGUAGCCGAGAUGGAAGAGGAGGCAGCCAAACUGCGCGAGAUGCAAGCCAGCCUCGACCAGCAGAGUCGGGAGCUGUCGGAGAACAAGGAGGACAUCGACAGCCGCAGUAUUUUUGUCGGCAACGUCGACUACUCCGCCUCGCCUGAAGAGAUCCAGGCUCACUUCCAGAGCUGCGGCUCGAUCAACCGAGUUACCAUCUUAUUGGACAAGUUUACUGGACAGCCGAAAGGAUACGCUUACGUCGAGUUUACCGAGCCGAGUCUCGUCGCCCAGGCCCUCGUCCUCAACGAGAGUGUCUUUAAGGGCCGCAACAUCAAGGUCGUCCCCAAGCGCACCAACGUCCCCGGCAUGUCUCGCGGUCGCGGACGUGGUGGCGCGCGCGGAGGUCGCGGCGGUUUCGGCCGCGGCGGCUUCCCCCCUCGAGGUGGCUACCGUGGAGGCUACCGUGGCCGAGGAAGAGGAGGAUUCGCUCCCUAUUAGGUAUAGGCAGCAUUCUGUUCCUCGUGGGCUCGGCCGGCGUCAAGUCAGGAUUGGUCGGCGCGACACACUUUAUCACUUCGAUUGUAACAUACAGGACCGGUAGGGGAUGGGGAAAGCUUCGUUAUGGCGUUCAGGAAUAGGUCAGGCCCCAACACACACAAUGUUGACGAAAUGCUACUCUCACAUUGCAAGGCGUGACGUAGUGCAGUGCUCGUUUCAUCUUCUUCAAUUGGUAUUCGCAAUGGGAAGUGAUCGAUGCCGAGAUAUGGUGCUAUUCCACAGACAACAACACUGUUGAUCGAGCUUGGAGGAGAAUUGCUAUGCCUGAGCCUACACGUUCAGUUCAUCUUUGGUUGGUUGGUUGGUUGCAGGUAGUCUAGAUGGUGAAAGCGACAUAGUCUAUGUGUUUAUCGACGUUUUUGUUUUUCGACAUCAAGUCGACAAGACACGACACCGGAGCAAACGUCGCAUAUCGAGCCAGAUGAUACGUCAUGGGCACAUCAAUUGACAAGUCAUGUGAAUAAAAUCCGUAUGGUCGGGACAGGCAAGCCUAGCGGUGCCGGUGUCCCGCGGGAGACCCACGACGUCGCCCGAUCUGAGCGUAAAAAAGUUGCCACCCCUGGACGCCGACAUUCUGAAAGCUCCCUCCGCCAGCUGACACACGGAAGUACCUAUCCCCCCUGC